UAAUCCGUCGUCGGUCAUUAGUCAUUAAAAACUGCUCAGUGUUCCGAGUAAACAGAGUGCCAGUGCCAAGUGUAACUAAAAUGUGCAGUAAAGGGCCUGUUCAAUCACUCGUUUUUCUUCCACAAGCAGCAAUCACUGUUGUUUAUGCAUUGAUUUGUUAUCGUAAUAACUAGCUGAAUACCUGACACAUUCUGCGGCCAUGGAAGUAAACCCUUUAAACAUUUUCUUCGUGAAGUCGGACAGUAAAGGAGAUAGGUUGCUGUUCAGAUAUCCUUACACGUGUGAGAAUAGAGAUGAAAGUAAGCAGAAGAAAUGUGGCCGCCUUAAUCCUUAUGCAGUAAAUUCGGCGGAGGACCUUCUCCAGAAUCCACAGUCUCAGACAUCUAACAUUUGCAAGGGGCAAUUGAGUGGCUUCACAGAUGAAAUGCUAUCCACCCUGUUUGCAGUGAAAGCUGAGCUGUGCAACAGGAAAUUUGAACUUAAAGUUAAUGAUGUGCGGUUUGUGGGGCACCCGACCCUGCUUCCGUACCGGACUAACAAGGAUGAUACUGCUGCCAUGAUACUGAUUAAUAUUGUUUUUGCACUUCAAGCAUCGGCUAGCCAUUCUAUUGUCAAAUGUUACUAUGAUCUAAGUAAAAGACUGGGUAAAGCACUAAGACAUGAGGAAAAAAGGUGUUCAUAUUUAACAGAAGAAAUGAAAAUUAUGUUAGCGGCACACGACGAAGUAUCAGCGUUAGAUAGCGAAAGUAAUUCCGGCGAGAAUGACGAAGAGGAGGAGAACUCCCGGCACUCCGUCAGUUCCACCACGUACAUAGACAUGGGGACGGAGUCGCCGCGGUCGGCGUUCCACCUCAUACUGCAGCGGAGUUCGCUGGCCAGAGCCAUGAAAUCGGUGUUUGAGGAGCUGAGCAGUACUGGUCUAGUCCAAGUACGGAUAAACAAGUGGGUUCUCCUGUCCUUCUGUUUGCCCCACAAGGCCCACCAAAUCCACAACAGAGGGCUCAUUAUAGAGCCCGAAACCAUAGACAAAUGUUUGCAGAAACUAAAGCCAUACCAUGGGAUGCUUCUUAUGGUGAACCCUAAUGACUUACUGGCAUCAAUACCUCUGGAUGGAAGCCCGGCGUUGCUGAGGCUUAUAAAGUUGUAUAGUCCUUUAAAAAGUCUGCAGACUAUUGCCAUUGAAGCGGAUUUGAGUCUUACACAGGUUUUCCAGCUGACCGGUCACUUAGUGUACUGGGCUAAAGCAACCGUCAUAUAUCCGCUAUGCGAAGGAAACGUGUACGUAGUGGCACCAUGCGCCAAUGUUCACACACAUUCGCCGCUGGUCGAAGAGUUCGCCAAGGAGUUCCCCGGCCUGUGUCUGCUGCAGAUGCUAAGCGAGUUUUCGCUGCCGGCGCCGCUGUGGUACAUAUCUCGCGGGGGCGUGGGCGGGGGCGGCGGCGGGGGCGGCGGCGGGCAGCGCCUCGGCCGCGUGGUGGCGUGGCUGCUGCGGCGCCGCCUCCUCCUCCAACUGCAUACAUAUGUGCAGUUCAACUCGCCGCACUGGGGGCCCGACACCACCCCAGAUGGCAAAGAGUAUUUCUGCGAGAAGCACGAUGGCUAUAACAGAUCCUGCAGCGUUUCCUUCUCAUCACUAAAUCAGAUGCAACUGAACGUCCCCGAGCCAGUCGAGCCAAGAGUCAGCUCCAGUACUUUCCCCGACUCAGAUGAAGAUUAUCCCACAGAGAAUAACCUUAAUCAAACAGACUUCUCACACACGAAACCAAUUGUGAUAGAAUCUGACCAUACCAAAUUUGGAUUUAACGAAGCGGAUUCAGCCAACCACAGCUUCGAUGACGGCGUAGAUGUUGUAGACGGCCUAAUAAAAACAAACGGAGAACACGACAAAGACAAGAAGAAACAUGGGAAUUCUGUCGACAGUGGGAUAUCUAACAACAUUAACGGUGUUCUUACAGAAAAUGGUGUUAAUGAACCUAAAUUAACAUCAAGAUUAUCGAACCUGUCUUUGAAAGACACAGAAAGCACUUUAAACAUAAGUAGCGAUGAGGACAGAUUCGAAAGCGACCAUGAUGUGUCACCGAGGAUGAAGAACGUUAACGGGUACACGAAUGGUGUGGAAAAGAAGAAUGGGGUAUCGCUGAACCUGAAAUUACAAAGUGAAAUGAGCUUUCAGCCGCCGACAGUGUGGAGCGUCCCCGCGAGCUGCGACGUGGUGGACGCCUGUCGGAUACCCGCGGAGCCGCCCAGCACCGAGUCUCUAUUGGACACGUUCACCCCUGAGGAACGUGCUGCGCUAGCUGACAUACCCGCCUCUAAACACACCGAUGAUCUGCUGCUACUGGCGCAGUUACACAAGAAAGGCUACCUACGGGGCGAACAGCAUCUCGAAGAAAUAAUGUUCAUGGAGAACGUAACGCGAUCACAGCUGAUGCAACUACUAGACAAGUUCAAGGAUGUGCUCAUCACCUUCGAAACUGAGGAUCCUGCCGUCGCUAUGCUAUAUCCAUACCAAUAAUAACACAUACAAUUUGAGUUCUAAGUAUGUACAGUUAGAGACCAAGCAACCAUAAAAAAUACGGAUAAAUUAUACUCUGGUACACCCACUUUGUCAGUAAAAAAGGCAGCAAAUUAAAAAAAAUAGGCGCGAAGGGCGAAAAAUUUGAACUUCGCGAAAUUGCCCUUCUGCCGCCAUACUAUAUUGGUAGGGACCAAUAAUACUUAUUUUUUACCACUGGAGCGCCUGCGAGUAGAAAUGCAUUGCAAUAUGAACUUAAGUAUGUACAGUCAGAAUUCAAGUAACCAAAAGUCAUCCAGAAAUACCUUUGAAACUGAGGAUCCUGCCAAUACUGUAUCUCAACCAAUAAUACCCAUUUUUACCAGCGUCUCUGGAGUAGAAUGCAUUUCAAUUUGAACUCUAAAUAUAUAUAGGCAGAGUGCAAACAAACAACUAGGUUCCUUUGAAACUGAAUACUAUCGUUCCACACAAGCAUAUGGAAUGCAUGGCAUUGAUAGAAUUAGAAGCUAAAUCAACUAUGUUUUACAUAUUCUAAAGCUGUCUGUAAAAGCAUGUUGUCUAAAUCCAAGUGUGUAUUUGUUAACACGAAUGAAAAUAUUUUGAUGAUAUUAGAUAUUAAAUCAACUGGAUAACCUAACAAUUGUAACAGAAUGACUGAUAUUAACAUUGUUAAAAUGUUUAACGUAAUUUAACACUUUAGAUAUUUAGUUGAUCUAAAUGUAGAUAUUGUCAUGAUAUAGGUGUUAAUAUCAUAGGCAAAGGAAUAAAAGGCGCUAAAAUAUUGUAGGUACAAAUUUGUGUUAUAGUCUAAACGGUACCAUAAUAUCGUUAGGUGAAAAGCAAAACUCACUAUUUGCAAAAAUAAUAAUUACACAAAAAUCAGCCUUGUUUUAUUAAUAUUGCGGUUCACUAUUGCUCUGAUUUGUAGUAGUAAUAGUGAGUUUUGGUUGUCACCUAACGAUAGGCUUUGUGGUAACAAACCAACGUACCGUAGUCAAACCUUAACCUUUUCAAAGCCGUGUCAAACCCAAAAGCUGUCACUCGGACGCCACGUCACCGAAGUGUCAAACCUGAAAUUGAAGUUUAUGCAUAUGCACGUAGGUCUAUGUUGCUCUUUGGGUCUGUGACGGAUUAAUCCGUCUUUGGUGUUGGACCUGCGGUUCGGAUAUAUCCGUCGUUGGCGUCGUAAAGGUUAAACGCGUAGCAACCAUGUUAUGUACAGCGUCAAUUUACUGUAAUAAUAUUUUACACCAUUGGCCAUAGAAUUCCUUUUUCUAUUACAUAUAUAUCAUCAAAAAGACGUCCACUGCUGGACAAAGGCGUCUCUUGAAUUAAAGCCACACAGUACAGUCCUAAUUUCAAUCAACACUCUUUUGGGUAUACCUCGUUGGUGGCCUUCCGAAGCAACGUUAGUCACUUAUCGAUUUCAUAAACAGUAAUAUACCCGCCAACUGCCAAUAAGUUACAUUUAAAUAUUUUGCAUUGUUUUUUUUGAUUUAAUAUUAACUAAUCCGGGCAUUUAAUCCUGUGGUUUAGGGUGAUUUUGAUCAAUAAUUAUUAUCUAAACUAUAGUCUAAUUCUAUCUUCUAAUAAACCAAAAAAUACUAUGAGACUGUCAUUCUACCAAUGAGUGUACAUUUUGUAUCCAUGGAAUUAUGUCAUUGACGGGA